UGUACAAAACAUUCUUAGAGGGAGUUGUCAAACAGCAGAUCCAGGACAGGUGUGGUUUUUCAGGUUCUUUCUCAAAACCAGUGCGCAUAAUAAGACAAGGCCAAACUUGAUCUGAGGUUUGGCUUCUGUUUACAUGGGAAUGUUAUUAAUUAGACAUAUAUGAACUUUUUUUUUCCCAACGAAACAAGUUUAACUGUAAAAGUCAACGGCUACUGGGGUCGUGCGCUAUUCGGAAUGGAAAUUUGAACUGUGGUAGCAAACAGGAAGCAUUAUUACAAGUCAAAUUCAAUUGCAGGAAAGCAGAAUUACACUGAAUUUUAAUUUUUAUUCUCAAUAUGCUAAGAAAUUGUUACCAUUUUGUGAGGUGGGGGAUAUUGUAUGAAAACAUGAAGGUCUGUCCCUAAAAAUCUGUUGCAUGAUCAUAUGAAAACAUAUACAUACGAUAAAGGAAAUUUAUAUGAAUUAGCCACCAGUUUGCCAAAUGGCAAACUAGUUACGUACUGACACGAAAGUGUGUUUUUUAUUUACAAUAUAUUUAAGCUAUUUUUAAAAUGCAGCUUAUAGAAAAUGAAUUGAUAUGCUUAUAUAUUUGAGUAAAAUAAGUGUUUGUAUUUAUACAAAGACUUCACUUACCAGGAUUCAUGUUGAUUUUCUUUAAUUGCUCCAUUCUGAAAACAACAACAACAACAAACAAACAAACAACACAAAUAUGAAUAUGAAUAUAUUUUACCAUAUACACAUAUACAGUUUAGUGCAUUGAUUUUGCACUGCCAGAAGGUGUCUCAAGUUAUCUAGCUCUUACAAUAGUCAAAGAAUAUCAGAUGUCUGGUUUUCUUUUUGCUUCUUUUUGUGCUAGAACUCCGCCCAAAGUUUAAGGGCUAUAAAACCCUCACAAUUAAAACCCCUCGGACGCUUUGCGCAAUCCCUGCAUCCUACGACGAUGGCCUCUCAAGGCAUCCAGAUCCUGGGCAUCAUGCUUGCCAUGAUAGGCUGGUUGGGGACCGUCAUCACCUGCGGUAUGCCAAUGUGGAGGGUGACGGCCUUCGUUGGAGCGAACAUCGUCACGGCACAAAUCAUCUGGGAGGGUCUGUGGAUGAGCUGCGUGGUUCAGAGCACCGGACAGAUGCAGUGUAAGGUCUACGACUCCAUGCUGGCUCUGUCUCAAGACCUGCAGGCUUCCAGAGCCAUGGUUAUCAUCUCCAUCAUGGUGGGCAUCUUUGGGUUCCUGAUGGCUGUGGUUGGAGGAAAAUGCACCAACUGCUUGGAGGACGAAGCGGCCAAAGCCAGAGCGUGCAUCGUUUCAGGGGUGGUUUUAAUCAUAGCCGGCUUUCUCGUCCUGAUACCUGUGUGUUGGUCCGCACACACUCUUAUCAGGGACUUCUACAACCCUUUAGUGACAGCAUCCCAGCGGCGGGAGCUGGGGGCAUGUCUUUACAUUGGCUGGGGAUCUGGAGGCCUCUUGAUGCUGGGUGGCGGGCUGCUUUGUUGGAACUGCCCGGUCAAUGACAAUAGUGUCUACACGGCAGUCAAAUACAGCCCUGCCAUAUCUGUGAUCCCAGCCAUGGAUUAUGUGUGAGAAUAACCUUCGGAUAUGGGGCAAGUACUGUGAAAAAAUGACUGAAAUAGACUAUCAUGCGAAUCAACAUGACUUUGUCUUUUGCUAAGUGAAGAUGACUGAACGAAGGCUGAUGAAAAUUGUUUCACAAUUGUUUGUUUUCAAUAAAAAUGCCAUCA